CCAAAUCUGUUAACAAUAUGCUUUCACAAACAGUUAAAAACAUGCAUACUGAAAAACAUAUCCUUCACAAUGUUAUUUUUAAAAACAAGGAACUCUUCAGCCCAGGGAAGAUCAUUGCUGGGGAAAAGGAAAGCUCCUUUCUGAGUUUGCAACAUGUAAAUACGGGAUUAGUGGGUGGGAUUGAGGUGUGCUCUGAGCAUAAAUAGAGGCUCGGGCUGAGCCCGCACACUAGGAGGCUUGGACCGCACUGAGGCCGGCUGGCUCACACGGACAGGUGGGUGGGGACAUCAGAUUUGCCAUGGAGAAGAUCUCGGUGUCAGCAUUCUUGCUCCUUGUCGCCCUCUCUUACACUCUGGCCAAAGAUAUCACAGCAAAAUCAGGGGCUAAGAAAGACACCAAGGACUCUGGACCCAAACUGCCCCAGACCCUCUCCAGAGGUUGGGGUGAUCAACUCAUCUGGACUCAGACCUACGAAGAAGCUUUAUACAAAUGCAAGACAAGCAACAAGCCCUUAAUGAUUAUUCAUCACUUGGAUGAAUGCCCACACAGUCAAGCUUUAAAGAAAGUGUUUGCUGAAAAUAAAGAAAUCCAGAAAUUGGCAGAGCAGUUUGUCCUCCUCAAUCUAGUUUAUGAAACAACUGACAAACACCUUUCUCCUGAUGGCCAAUAUGUCCCCAGGAUCAUGUUUGUUGACCCAUCCCUGACAGUUAGAGCUGACAUCACUGGAAGAUACUCGAAUCGUCUCUAUGCUUAUGAACCUUCAGAUGUAGCUCUACUGCUCGACAACAUGAAGAAAGCUCUCAAGUUGCUGAAGACUGAAUUGUAGAGAAAAAACGUCUGCAAGCUUUUCCCUCUCUGUCCGGCCCUGAGACUUAGAACCAGAGGAGAUGCUAGAAGACACUGGAGAAUGCAGGCACACUGAUGGACAUGCUGAUUGGAUUAUGGUUAUUGUUACAACAGCUAUUUUUUUAAAAUCUGGUUUCAAGUAUAUAUGCAUGAAAACAAUAUUGCAUACUACCAGAGUAAGCCAUGCUUCUUUUUAAAAAAAAUAAAUAAAUAAAUCCUUUUGGGG